CUGGUAUAGUGUGAACGUCUUUACAAAGUGUUUGUUAACAUCAUUGAAAAUAUUGAAGGGAUCUGUUAACCAAGAGUGCACUGCAUCCAAUUAUUCAGACACGUCAUUAUUAUUUGGAUUAACUUCAUACUGAUGAUUUGAAGUUGAACAACAAGUUGGAUCUGUGGGCUUUGCGUUUUAACUCGGAGUGGAUUGUUUAAAAAUAAAUUUAAGUUGUGAACUGAUUGAAUCAAUAUGUCGAAUCAAACAAAUUCACAACAACAUGUUGAAGAACUAAGAAAUGAAGCAGAAAAUAUUAAAAAAGAAAUUCGGGAUAAACGUCAAGCGUUAAAAGAUUCAUCUUUAUCUGAGGUCGCUUCCAAUGUUGAUGCGAUCGGUCGCGUUCAAAUGCGAACCAGACGAACACUGCGAGGACAUUUAGCAAAAAUUUAUGCAAUGCAUUGGGGAACUGAUUCAAGACACGUUGUCAGUGCUUCACAAGAUGGGAAAUUAAUCUUAUGGGAUUCUUAUACAACCAAUAAGGUACAUGCCAUCCCACUUCGAUCAAGUUGGGUGAUGACUUGUGCUUACGCCCCAUCUGGCAGUUUUGUAGCUUGUGGAGGUUUGGAUAAUAUUUGUUCUGUGUAUAAUCUCAAAACAAGGGAAGGAAAUGUGAGAGUUUCGCGUGAAUUAAACGGACAUACAGGGUAUUUGUCUUGUUGCCGUUUCCUUGAUGAUACACGUAUUGUUACAAGUUCUGGAGAUAUGACCUGUGCUCUUUGGGAUAUUGAAACUGGCAUGCAAACUACUGCAUUCACGGGACACACAGGAGACGUUAUGUCACUCUCUGUAACUGAUGAUAAAAACACAUUUAUAUCCGGAGCAUGUGAUGCCACUGCUAAACUGUGGGAUCUGCGAGACGGGAUGUGUCGACAAACUUUUAGUGGUCAUGAAUCUGAUAUCAAUGCUGUUUCGAUGUUUCCAAACAACAUGGCAUUUGGAACUGGUUCAGAUGAUGCUACCUGUCGCUUGUUUGAUAUUCGUUCAGACCAAGAAUUGAUGAUCUACAGCAAUGAUAACAUUGCAUGUGGAAUUACAAGUGUUGCGUUUAGUAGAAGUGGUCGGCUUUUCUUUGCUGGCUAUGACGAUUUUAAUUGCAACAUUUGGGAUGCAAUGAAAGGAGAUAGAGCAGGUGUUCUUGCUGGACACGACAAUCGCGUUAGUUGUUUGGGUAUCACUGUAGAUGGAAUGGCAGUUGCAACCGGAUCAUGGGAUUCUUUCUUGAAGGUUUGGAACUAACAAUACAGGAGCUAUAUGUUGCUGUUCAACGUUUCUAUUGCAUGGUCGGCCGCAACUAAGCUUGCAAGGACAAACAAAACAAUCAGCGGUAUAACCCGGCAUACUCUGUUGUGUUCUGAAAUGGGUGCCAGCUUUAUGCACCCCAGCAAAGCUCUUGCUAAACCACCAGGCUGUACCCUUGUGUGAAAAUUUUGUGUUUGUACGUUUGUUGUUCAUCUAUCUAAAACUAAACCACAACAUUUUUCACUCUUGUCAGCAAAAGUUGCCACACAGUUAUGGAUACAAAGAUAUUGUCUAGUAUGUAUACAAUCUUCAUUGACAUAUCCGAUUAAUCGUACGCCCCGCAACUACUUUGCAUUCUAUGUUAGUCGUGAAAAAUGUUAGCUUUGUGUUGUAAUGCUGAUGACAGGCCAUGGGUUAUUAUCGUGGAUAUUAUUAGAAAAUUGUUGCGUUUAGAGGAUUUUUGUUUGUUCCUAUUUUCUGAUGAAAUCAAUGAAUUAUUGGGCAAUUCCACGUUAAUAGUAAUGUGCACUUUCACAACCCUCGUUUUGAAUUGCGUUUCUCUUUUUAAGUUUAAACGUGGGAGCUACAGUCACGUAUUUUUACAAUUAUUAAAACCCGCUGCAGUACUUUCAUCUCUAUCACGUUCGCAUUGGUCCACAGCUAAAACAAUAAAAUCGAAUUCGCUCGAAGCAGAAACAGAUUUACGUUUUCGAACAUUUCGUCAAUCAAUCGAGUUCGCGAGAUUUCGCAACUUGCUCGUGAUCUUGGUUUAGUGGCGUGUGCAAUAAGAGUUGCCGCUUUCCCCACUUUCUUUUUACGUCGAUUUUUUAUUAUUCUUCGUAUCAUGUAUUUGUCUAGAAUGCUUGUUGCGCCAUAGCGUCGAAUGUUUGGCGUUGGGAUACGCAGUUGUUAAACUAAUAUGGAUGCCGCUUAUCGAUCUUAACAUCGACCUCGCUUUACCGCUUUGUGACGUCACCACGGUUUCUAGAACAGUGUUUCCGUUUUCGUACGUCACGGCUUUUAAAAUUAACGAAUAGCUGUGCGACGGUUUUUAUCGGUAAACAUUGCUCGUAUUCAUCAUCGACACAUCUGCAGGAAACAUUUAUAUUUCAUCGUUCAACUGCUCAACCCGCUAAGGCGCUUACAAAAUCACUUGUUACAUUGGAAACCCUUUUCAAUAUUUUAAUAAUCAACCGCAAUCUGACACACGAAUUGCAAAACGCGUGGCGUCGCCCCCACUCGCUACAUGAUCUGGUCCUAUUUAUUAAUACUCCCAAACAAUAAAGACUUGAAUUCUUGCGAUGUUGUUGGUUUGGGGGCGCACAGGUUAAUGUUGGACCCAACUCGCUUUAACUUAAUGUUGUUAUUCGCCAGUGUUACGUCAUCUCGAACCAUAGUGGGAAGUAUCUUGUUUAUGUUUUAAGGUAAAGGAUAUCUGUAACCCACGUUUCUCGCUGUCGGUUGACAAACACGUCAAACAACUCACCAACUGAAAGUGGUUACCCCACUUCACUGUAAGCUCCCAGACUUCAUGAAUUACCGCGAAAUUGCCCAUAGUAAUAUAUUGUAUAUAAUAUUUGUUACUGUUGCUUGCGUUGUGUGAGCGCAUUAUUAUACAGCGUGAUUGUGAACCAACAGACUCCAAAUUGUUCGAAGUGGUGAGUUAGGUAUUUGUAUUUUCAAUGUGAACCCUGUCUAUCACUAAAUAAAUAAAACAUUCGAAAUGAGAA